AGCCAGCCAGCGGUACAAAUAGCUAUUUCGAGAUGAUGAUUGCUACCGACCAUGACGUUCGUCGCUUGCGGCAGAAUGAUGAACGCUUGACGACCCUGUUUAUGAGCUUUAGCUACAAGUCUCCGUUGUCUGGACAGUACCACGAUGCUCAGAAGCGGGGUCUUGAUUGUGCAUUGAAGAGGAACACGGUGCUCCAAGAGGUGACGAUCACUGCGGAUGAUUCCUUUGCGGAGGUGUCUGCCGCGGAGUCCAUGGAGAUGAUGACGGAGUACGACGACAUCCUCAGAUCCAUGGGACGUCUUCCCGCUCUCAAGACGCUUCAGUUCACUUCGCCUCCUCAUGGUAAGGGCAUCUUACCGGUUCGAGUACUGAUCCCCAUCCUUGAGGAGACCACGCAGCUUCAGACUCUAGUCCUACACGACCUCAUGCUGGCAGGGACACAACAAGACUUUGAUCAACUGGCGCAACAGGUUCAGAGACUGUGGUACUUGAGAUGUUUCACUCUGGAUCAGGUCCAGGUCCACGUACAAGUCGCUUCCACUCCUGCUUCCAACAAGACAUUCAUCACCAGCAACACCAACAGCACCACUCAAGACCGGGCCUCUCUUGACGCUCUCCUCCUGUCUCUCAGCAUGCUGCCCUCUCUGCGAGUCCUCAACCUUACGGCACCCAAGCAACACCAAGCCGCUGUCUUUUCUCCGUCUGCAUUUUCCGCAAUCUUUCUCUCGUCCAGUAUCUUGUCUCUCAAUGUGCAGCGUUGGGAUUGGCAUGAUGACCAAUAUUUGACAUCCAUGGCGCAACUGCUACAAGCCAACAAGACCCUCCAAGCACUCACCUUGGGACCCAUUCCCAAAAUGACCCCUCGAGUGGCCAAAUCACUGGCCAGCGCCCUCCAAGACAACUCCACGCUCGCACAUUUGGAAAUAAUUCUCUCACACAUGAUCUCGGAUGACUGUGCCGUGCCCAUUGCACAAGCACUGCACUCCUCACACCACAGCUCUGGUCAAAGCCGCGGUCGUCCUGCGGGGCUUCAGAGUUUCACUCUGUCGGGACAACGACUCGGACGUGUCUCCAAGGCAUGCCAACGGGCCUUUACGACCAUGAUGGAACACAAUUACUCGCUCCACAAGAUUCUUCUCUUUCGCAAGUCAGUCCUGCAGCCCACGUUGCAAUUCUAUACUCGUCUCAAUGCUCUUGGGCGACAAUCCUUGCUUCGAUUGACCGAUGGGGGCGAAACAAAGACCAAGAAGAGCGAUCCCGAAGGCACCUGGAUGCAAGCAUUGGCUCAUCCACUCGUCACGAACGACCUCAAUGCCAUUUACUACUUUUUGUCCAGCAAUCCAUCUCUCUGUGUCCAAGCAGCGGCAGCUCCUCCUCCUGACAAGAAACGACGACCACAACCGGAUGCGGCCAUCUCGUCGUCCGCACCACCAAAAUCCAAGCGACAGCGACGAUCCUAG